UCUGUGCUAGUAGUUCAUUCCCGGCUGAUUUCGCUUAUUCAAGCUCCUGAUGAUCUCAUCAGGCCGAUUAUUGAGGAUUUCGUGGCGAAGGGGUACAGUAACACCGAAAUCGUUUCCCGCCCACGCAAACACUGAUAAAGAAGAGAUUUCAUUUUCCCUGGCGCGGAUUCGACAGAGUGGUGGAUACAUCACUACGAGUGAGAGUGCGGCUUUUCAAUUGCAAUGUGCGCUUUUCAAUUGCAAUGUGCGCUUUUCAAUUGCAAUGUGCGCUUUUCAUUCUAGAUUAUGGGGUCCCAGGCCUACUCAUUGAUUUUAGGGGAUGCUGGUGUUCCUGGGUUCAAAUCGUUCUCAAACGUUUAUGAAGGAAGAGAAGUAUAACACGGUGAGAACGUUGCAGAAGCUGUUACAACACCGCGCUGUCUUGUAGAC